UCUCCCUCCAUCCAUCCACUCCUCCCUCCAUCCAUCCCCACUGCCAUGUACCAAGGUCUGGCCAACCCGCCUCCCUACCAGGCGCACCCUGACCCAGUUGGGGCUUUCCUGCACACCGCUGGCUCUGCUGUGUACGUGCCCAGCUCGAGGGUGGUGGCCCCAGGUCUCUCCUCAGCCUUCUCCUACCUCCAGAGCGGCUCCUCCCAACAGCACAGCCCGGUCUCCCCUCACCCUUCCUGGGGAGCGGGGGGGAGCGACUCUGCCUGCAGCAGGCACCCCCCAACCUUCCCCCCCACCUCCUCCCAACCCAUCUCAAGCCUCUCCCCCCGCGACACAGCCUUCAAUAGUCCUCUGACCAUCUCAUCGGCAGCGGCAGCGGCAGCCGCCAGGGACCAGGUCAGCAUCAGUUGGACCCUGAGCGGCUCCUUCCCCAACCACUACCCGCAGUACAUGAGCUCAGAGGGGACCUCAGGCUGGACCCCUGCCCCCACCCUGGAGAACCCAGCCUUCAGCCUGAUCAGUGCUCGCAGGCAUGGAGAAGAGCUGUUUGACGAUGUCCUCGGAGGCCGUGAGUGUGUGAAUUGCGGAGCGAUGUCCACGCCGCUCUGGCGCAGAGAUGGGACAGGACACUAUCUGUGCAACGCUUGUGGGCUCUACAACAGAAUCAACGGGAUUAAUCGACCCCUGAUUAAACCCCUGAAACGACUGUCUGCUUCCCGGAGGGAAGGACUGUGUUGCUCGAACUGUCACACCAACACCACCACCCUGUGGAGACGCAAUGCUGAAGGAGAGCCCGUUUGCAACGCUUGUGGGCUGUACAUGAAACUCCACGGGAUCGCUCGCCCUCUAGCCUUGAAAAAAGAGGGGAUUCAGACGAGGAAACGCAAACCAAAGAACACGAUGAAAGACAAGGUGCCCACAGCGGCUUCCAGCUUGCCCUCUACCCGCAGCGUCACUCCCACUACACUAGAACUCGUCACAGUAAAGACAGAGCCAGGUCUCUAUUCCUCUCCGUGUCGAGUCCAGAGGGUGACCUCGCAGGACACAUUAGCAGCAGGUGGGCACAGCCUUUGCUAUAGCGUUCCAGACCUGAAGCUGACAAACUCAAUUGAGCCAGGCACAAGCAGAGAUUACAAGGGAGGCAAACCCUAUCCUUGGAACAGCCUGGAAAUGGUUUGACAAUGGAAGAAAGGCAAUCGAGAGCCAAUCCCAAUAAAAUCGUGGACGGACGGAGUUAUCAAACUCGAGACGUACUUUUUGUGUUCAACGGAAACUGGAAACGGCGAAACGGACCAUCAAGAGAAAAAAGAUGCCGAAGAAAGAGAGCGAGAGAAAGAAACAGAGAUGGAUUGUCGGAUCAUAUCAAAGCGUUUGUAAUUUUAAAAAAAAAGAAAGGGACCGAGUGUUGCAAAAAUGACAUCUUAUCUUCGCCAAGGCUUAACAGCGACUAAAUUCUACGUGGGUGACCUUGGUCCGAUUUUGAUCCUGCGUUAUUAGUAAUUAAGUGCCUUUUUUGGGUCUCCACCACUCGGUGUAAUUAAUGUCUCUAAACUUUCCAAUCAGAAAACCGAUAGCUGGAGUGUUCCCCCUGGACUGUUCCUGUUAUGGAGACGUGUUGGGGCUUUUCAGACCUGCCGUUGGGUUAAAAAUACGACCAGCGUUUCAUGGAGAAGUUAUGUUUCCUUAGUGUAAAUAGUUCUAGAGAAACCAUGCAGAUGCCUGGUUCAGGCUAAUAAUAAAGAGCAACAUCAUAAACACA